GAGUGACCAAUGAGGAGCCGCUGCCCUUUGGAGACAAACCAUUCGACUUGGGCGUUUAUUUAUUUAUUUAUUUGGAGGGUGUGUGCGCUCGAGCGCGCGCACGUUGUAUUCCGUUUCCCCUCCUUCAUUUUCUUGUCUGAAGCCUAUAAGCUGAAGCUCAACUUUAACAGAAUAAAUCUACCUUUAAAAAGAAGAAAAGAAAUGCCUUAAACUCCAUCAGCUUUAAGCAGACACCCGGGUUCAUGAGCGUAAAAACAGACCCCCCCAAACCGGAAAAGAACAAGGGCGAAAGAGGGAAGAGAGAAGGGGGAAAACCCCCAAGUUGCUGGCUAGAAGGCAAGAGAAGAGAGGGGGGAGGCCCAGGAAAGAGGACUUGGCAGCGCGUCCCUCUCUUCCUGCCCCCUCCUUCCUUGGUUCCCUUCCUCUCCCUCUCCUUCUCUCUCUCCCUCCCCAGCGCCUCGCGCACGCCUCCCCUCCGCCCCUCCCUCAGUUAACAAGGCCCCUCUCCCCCUAUUGCUCUCGCACGCUCUCUUCUUUCUCCCACCUCAACUCCCCCCCCCCCAAGAUACACACACUCGCCAAAAGGGGGGGAGAAGGGGAAAAAAGGAGGGAAAGGGGGGGAAAUAUAGCGAGCGAGCCCCGGCGCUAAUUCCCGCCCGGCGCAGGCUAAUAGGCUCCCUCGAAGGUGGCGGGAGCGCAAGGGGGCGCCGAGCCGGGCAGAGGCGCUCGUCUCUGGCUGCCCAACUUGGAUGAUGACCAUGACUACGAUGGCUGACGGGCUGGAAGCGCAGGACUCGUCCAAAUCUGCUUUCAUGGAGUUCGGGCAGCAGCCGCCGCCACCGCCGCCGGCGCCUCAGCAGCCUCCCCAACCGCCGCCGCCGCCGCCUCCUCCAGUGGCACAGGCGCCCGGCGGCUCCUCACAUUCAGCGCAGCAGCAGCAGCAGCAGCAGCAGCAGCAGCAGACCUCGCCGGCGGCAGCCAUGGCGGGCGCCCACUACCCGCUCCAUUGCCUGCACUCGGCGGCGCCGGCCUCGCAUUCGCACCCGCACCACCAGCACCCGCACCCGCACCACCACCACCACCACCAUCACCACCACGCCGCGCCUUACCCGGCCGGGCCGGCCGGCGCCAACUCCUAUAGUCACCGUUCGCUUGCCGCGGCUGCCGCCGCGGCCGCCGCCGCCUACCCUUAUGUGAGCCACUCGCAGCACAGCCCUUACCUCCAGACCUACCACGGCGGCGGCGGCGGCGGGAACGGCGGCGGGAACGGCAGCGGCGGCGGCGCGGGCAGCCAGACGCGGCCGGACGACGCAGAUCAACAAAAAACCACAGUGAUUGAAAAUGGGGAGAUUCGUUUUAAUGGGAAAGGGAAAAAGAUCCGGAAACCUCGAACCAUUUACUCAAGUCUGCAGCUGCAGGCAUUAAACCACCGCUUCCAGCAGACCCAAUACCUGGCACUUCCAGAGAGAGCAGAGCUGGCGGCUUCAUUAGGACUUACUCAGACACAGGUGAAAAUUUGGUUCCAGAAUAAGCGUUCCAAGUUUAAGAAACUGCUCAAGCAAGGCAGCAACCCUCACGAGACUGACCCCCUGCCCGGCUCAGCUACCCUGUCACCACGGUCUCCAGGUCUCCCUCCAGUCUGGGACGUUUCAGCCUCUGCCAAAGGAGUCAACAUGCCUCCCAACAGCUACAUGCCUGGCUAUUCUCACUGGUACUCUUCCCCACAUCAAGACACUAUGCAGAGACCACAAAUGAUGUGAACGGUCCAAGAACAACUGCUGGGCUUGGCCAGCUCGUGGGUCUUGGGGUGAAUUGGGAGCGCGUGGCAACGAAGACGGACUCUUCUGCCUUCCCCUCGCCUUUAACCUCAGUAAUUGAUCUUGAGCAGAGAGAAACCAUUUGCGUUGCACCCACGUCAGAUGCUCUCUUUGGGAUAUUUUGUUGGGGAUUCAAAGGCACCAAGCCUCAUUGGGAGUACAAGUCAGAGCAAAAAAAAAAAAACAAAAACAAAAAAAAAAACAAUUGCAGCCUUUCCCAACUAGUCCACCGCGCAGCAACUUAAAAAAAGAUCCUGUGGAAUGAAAAAAGCUAACAAAGCUACUCUAGUUUUAUUCACCAAACCCAGAUUAACAAAACAAAAUGGACAGCGGAAAGAUUUUUUUUCUUCUUUAGAAAGAAGGAACUGCCAUCCAGGGAAGAAGAUGCGGGGGUGAGGAGAGGGGGAAAAAAACUGGUUUAAUAAGAAUAUUUUAUACCUCCCCCAUACCCACACCCACACAUCGGCACAAUCGUGAAUCUUGAUCGGAACUCAUAGUCUUUUCUUUCCCAAUCUCUCUGGGGGGGCCCACAAACACCUUUUCACCCACCUAUAAUCAAUAAGCCACUCUAAACGAAUUAAAGCACCUGAAAAUGACCAGAAGGUCCCUUGCGCAUGCCCCAUUGCAACCAACUAGAGCUCUGCAUUUGCGCCACCUUUAUUUAUUUUAAGGGGGCUUCCAGAAGGGAUUCUUUCCAAUGGAUUUCAUGGGGAGGGGAGGAGAGGAAGGGAGGAAGAAUCUGGGAAAGUGACAAACAUUUUCCCUGUCCAAAGGCUAAAAUUCCGACCACUAUCCUCUCCCCAUAAACUUUGAGUUGUUUUUCAGCUGCCGACAGUCACGAUGUACAUACUGUUGAAUUUUAGUUGUAUAUAUAUCUUUGUAUGUUUUGUCUCCUUUCAUAUAUAGAGUAAAAAGCCACAAAAUGUG